AUGAACCCUUUUAAAUACCUUAUUCAGAUAAUUUUAGUCUUGAGCCCAAUUUUGGCUGCCGUUAUUCCACAGGAACCAAGGAACACAACAUCGCUUAUCGGACACCUUUUUCAAUAUCCGGACGAGGCUAGUUUAUUUAAAACCACUUUCAGUGAAAAGACUGAUGCUACAUUGUUGACCCGUGAACUGCUGAAGGCUAAUGUUCUUCAAUCUCUUGGAAUUCCAGGAUCUUUUUUCAACCUGAUAGAUUCUGAACCUAUAUUUUUACCUUUCAAUACGAAGGGUUUAUUUUUGUUUCAAAUGCAUGAUUCCGUAUAUAUUAACAAGCAAAAAUUGGAAAUACUAAUGCCAUUUGACGUUGAUGGAAGAUAUCGCCUUAAAGAUCUGCAGUUGUUACUUCCAAAUUCACUUCUUGUCAAAUACGGUAUUUCUCCUCAGGAUCAGUUCAAGUCUAAAGGUUUAUUCAGGGAGAGCAAAGAACCCUUGACAGUUGAUAUUCCACUACUAGUCUUAUUUUUUGAGGAAGAUACUUCAACAGCCAAGGAUGCUUCCAAGUUGUUUUUUGAUAUGUUUACGAAAAGUUGGAUCUCCUCUCAAGAUCCUGUGAAUUUAAUGCAUUCUAUUUUCUGCUCGGUCAACCAUAAAACUGUUUCUAGUGCCUGUCUUAAAAUUCAUGAGAGUAAUCAACAGUUGGUGAUUAUACCUGCUUUUCGCAAUGAUUCAGGUACAGAAUUCAACUACAACGGAUUUUUCACUCCCGUUUUGAGGAAGCGUGAUGCAAUUUCGCCUAUGGAGUUCAAGAUUCAGGUAGAUAAUUCCAAACCGUUGGUCAACAAAAAUCAUUGCACAAAUAUUACAGAAUGUUUUAAGGAAGAAGCCUAUGUUGUUAUUCCUGCUACUUCUUUUGAAAAAAUCGAUGGUAUGUUUGGAGCUCCUGAAGCUCCUCGAAAUCCUCAAUACUCUCAAAUAAUCUUUCCUGAUUUGGUUCAUAUCAAUGAUGACUUUUUAAAGGCGAGCCUCAAGAAGAGAUCGGAUAUGGAAUACAGUAAAGGAUGUUCACCUGUUAGUUGGUCAAAUUUUUUUCGUUAUACACUAUUCGGUAAGCCUCGGCGUUUUUGCUCAGAAUCCUUGAACUAA